AUGAUCGUGCACGACGCUGCAGUGCCCCGGGUGGUAAAGCUGGGACGUAUCGAGUCACUGGGAAACAUCUGGCGAGAUCAGGAGGUCUGGCCCGAAGGUCGGACCUUCCCCGGAAUCUUGGUCAUCGAGUUCAGAGGACCCUUGUCAUUCGCCAGUGCUGAUCACUUCUUAGAAGAAGUGGAACAGAAGCGGCUCUUGGAAGAGGAAGAUGACAAUCACAUUGAGGCCAUUGAAAUGCUUCGGGAGCUGUUGACGGAGUGGCGCAAACGAAGAAACAUCAGUUGCAUCGUGGCGGAUGCGAAGAGUCGAGUCCGGCUACUGCUGGAGGAAAACUUUGCCGAUGGCGCCAAACCUUUGCUCGACCAGCAAGCAUUCAUGAUCAGCUUGGACGACGCUGUCAGCUUCGCCAAGCUCACCAUGGCGCGGAAGCGCAAGAAGAUCGCGGCCCAGGACGACUCGGCAGUUCCUCGGCGGUGGGGAUCAUCCCAGGUUGAUGGUGGGAAGAUAGCGGGAGAAUCAUGGAGAAUCAUGGGAAUUCAUGGGGGUUUAUACCAUCUAUCAUCAAACAAACAUGUUUUUAAAGAGUAA